AUGUCAAACUUAUCAAAGCUUGAAUUCACCGCACUUAACAUCUCGGGUAACAACUACCUCCCAUGGACUCUUGAUGCUAAAAUUCAUUUGACAGCAAAUAAUUUGGGGGAGACAAUUAUUGAUGGUAAUCAAACUUCACCUCAAGAUCAAGCGAAAGCUAUGAUAUUCCUCCGCGAUCAUCUUCACCAAGAUUUAAAGCGGGAAUAUCUAACUGUUAAGAACCCCCUUGAAUUAUGGACAAACAUCAAAGAACGUUUUGAUCACCAGAAGUUGGUCUUACUCCCCAAAGCCCGCUAUGAAUGGGUUCAUUUACGAAUACAUGAUUUUAAGACUGUUAGUGAAUAUAAUUCUAAGUUAAAAUUAUGUGGUGAAAAAAUAACCAAUGAAAACAUGCUUGAAAAAACUUUCUCAAUGUUAUAUGCCACAAACAUGCUUCUGUCGCAACAAUACCGGGAACGUAAAUUUACUAAAUAUUCUGAAUUGAUAUCAUGUCUUCUAACAAGCUCCUACUACAAAUCCAUUAAUCGCAACCCGCCGGUGCAAGCCCAUUCGCUGAAGCGAAUGUGGCCAAUUAUCAAAGCGGACGAGGUAGAGGCCACGGCACCAGCAGAGGUCGUGGUCGUGGUCGAGGACUAG